GGCUAGGGUUACGGAAGACUGUAUUCUCUUGAAAGCUACGGUUAACAAAAUGGACGGAGAGGAGAAGAAGUCUGGAUUUAAGCGAAGAUCUAAGUUAAUCGAGGCUAAUAUUAAUUCAGAUGAUGAUGAGCCAAUUGGGUCACUGUUGAAGUUGAAGAGGCAGCGAAACCCUAAGAAGGUUAAGCCACGGUUAGAGGGUGUCAGCGAAAGGAGUAGGAAGGUUGAGGACGAAGAAGAGGAUUUGGGGGGGCUGGAUGAUACCUUGGCAAGUUUGAGGAAGAAGUUGAAGGGUCCUAAGAAAGAUUCUGGGGCUGGAACUAUUAGGGGAAGGGAUGUUGUACAGUCUUUGGACCGGUCCUCUAAUGGGCCUGUGGAGGAUGGGGGGUUGGAUGAAAAAUCAGUGUCAAUGGUGCUAGAGAAAGGUCCGGUCAUGGUUGAUGAUGGAUCUGAUGUGACUAUCGAUAUGGAGGUAGAAAACAAGCUUAAGGGAAAGGGAAAGAGACCCAAGGUUUCUGAGUCUCGGGGAUAUGGGGAAGGUUCUAAUAGCUCUUUGGAUCAUCAUCCAGAAGAUUCAUUAUCAGCAAUUUUCCGGAAGGCACAAUCUGGUUUUACUAAGAAGUCUCGUACCUCUUCGAGUCCUAAAGAAAAUAAUGGUUCUCAGGUUUUGGAGGAUGGAUUGAACCCUAGUUCGGAAGGUGUUACAGGAAACACCAUGCCUGUGAUGAACAAUGAAGCCAUAGUGGAUCCUUAUGGUUCAAAUUUUCAAGAGGGGCCAUGCAACUCUGAUAAAGUUAAUGAUGGAGACAGCAAACAUUUGACACAUAAAACACAUACUUUUGAGGACGGAUUGAAGCACUGCUCUAUGGUAGACUUAAGUACUCUGACGAAGUAUGAUGUAGAAAGGCAUAAUUCGAUUCCUUGUCCAAAACAGAUGGAAGAUGUGCAUGGGGUUGGUGACCGUGACUCCAAAGGAGGUUUUACUGAUGCCUUCUGCAUUGAGUCGAAGGAUGUUUUGGAUAUGUCCGAGGACAAACGCUUGGUGUCCUCAUCACAUCUACCACAGAAUUCCUUGACAUUCCAUGUGAAGAUGGAAGAUGAGCUUGAUUCUGAUCGAUGUCAAAACUUUUCCGAGCAUACUCAACAUCCGUUGUGUAGCUUUGCUUCUGGCACACUGAAGAUGGAAGAAACUCACAAUAUUUGUAAUGGUCAAAUUUCUUGCACUGAGGAGCCAGGCCUUGCUUCACAUUCUUUGCCGGAGGAAAAGGCUGUAAUAGCUGAUAGACGGUUAUCUUCUCUUGAUAUCACUUCUAGUAGAGCCCAAAAACUUGGCUAUGCUAACCAGUUGAAUCACCAAGGGGAAUCCUUUGAAACCUGUGUCCAUUCAAACAAAUCUACUGCUCCCAUCCAGAAGGGCAGCUCUGCUAUACGUCAAGAUCUAUCCUCUGAUGAAGCAUCCAAAGAGAGAAAUGGUCCAAAUCAUGAUUAUCUCAUCAUUGAUGAAGAAGCUGAUGGAGCCUCUCCGCCUCUGUGUACAUAUGAAAAUGAGAGUUGCCCAGAAGACACAGUAUCUCUACCUGAUGUCGAAAACAAAGACACUAAGCUGUCAGCUGUCCAGCGUGUAGUGCGCAAUGUUAGAAAGCGUAGGCAUGGAGACAUGGCUUAUGAGGGGGAUGCUGAUUGGGAGGUCUUGAUAAAUGAUCAAGGUCUGGAUAGUGACAAUUCAUUUAGAACAAGAGUGAAGUUUGAUUCCUCUUCAAGUAUUGGUACAGAGGCUGAAAGUGGCGAGGCUGCAGCAGUGUCUGCUGGUCUUAAAGCUCAUGCAGUUGGUCCUGUUGAGAAGAUCAAAUUCAAGGAGAUCUUGAAGCGCAGAGGUGGGAUUCAAGACUAUUUGGAAUGCAGGAAUCAGAUCCUUGCUCUGUGGAGUAAAGAUGUUAGUCGAAUUUUGCCUCUCACAGACUGUGGGGUAACAGAUACGGCUUGUGCUGGUGAACCACCUCGUGCUUCCCUAAUUAGGGAUAUUUAUGCAUUUCUUGAUCUCAGUGGCUAUAUAAAUGUUGGAAUUGCUUGCGAGAAGGAUAAAGCAGAACCUGGUUCUAAACAUGACUACAAAAUUUUAAGAGAAAAAAAUUUCGAGGAAAUUUCUGGAGUUUCAGUUGCUGAUUCAGAGGAUGGAGUUUCCUUUAUCAUUGGCCAGGUUAAGAGUUCAAAAACUUCAGUUGAUGUGAAGAAUGGUGUUCUAAUUGAGAACGAAAACGUGACGCGGAGAGCCACAAAUGACAAUGGACUUAUUACAGCUGUGGAAUUGGCAUUAUCAAAUGCAACAAACCAUGUUGAUUGCAAUUCUGCUUACCAGGAAAACAGUAGUGGUGAUGCAAGGCUACAAAAUAGAUUAGACAAUAUGGAUUUUUCAAGUAGUGAUCCAACUGGUGACGCAUUGGGUGGUGGAGCUGUCCCUGUUGCUACUCCAGAGAUGAAGAAUGUAUCGCAUAGUAUUCAGUCUGCAUCACAUGAUCAUGCAGUGAGGAAUAGUAAUCCGCAAUGUGGUCCAGAAGUCAGAAUGGAAAUCAUUGUCAUAGGUGCUGGUCCUGCUGGCUUAACUGCUGCACGCCACUUGCAACGCCAGGGUUUUUCCGUCACUAUACUGGAAGCUAGGAGUAGAAUAGGGGGUCGUGUUUACACAGACCGGUCAUCUUUAUCAGUUCCAGUGGAUCUUGGUGCUAGCAUUAUAACUGGUGUUGAGGCUGAUUGGGCAACUGAAAGACGACCAGAUCCUUCCUCAUUAGUUUGCGCUCAGUUGGGCCUUGAAUUGACUGUAUUAAACAGUGAUUGCCCUCUUUAUGAUAUAACAACUGGUGCCAAAGUUCCUGCCGAUCUGGAUGAAGCUUUGGAAGCAGAGUUCAACAGCCUUCUUGAUGACAUGGUAUUGCUUGUUGCCCAGGAGGGGGAACAUGCCAUGAGAAUGUCUCUAGAGGAAGGUUUAGAAUAUGCCCUUAAGAGGCGGCGUAUGGCACAAACAGGGACUAGUGUUAAAGAAAAAGAACUGCAUGAGCAAGAGCUUUUGAGUCCUCUUGAGAGAAGGGUUAUGGAUUGGCAUUUUGCUAACUUGGAAUAUGGUUGUGCUGCUCUGCUGAAGGAAGUAUCUCUCCCCAACUGGAACCAAGAUGAUGUUUAUGGUGGCUUUGGAGGAGCUCAUUGUAUGAUUAAAGGGGGUUACAGCACUGUUGUUGAGUCUCUUGGAGAAGGACUUUGCAUUCACUUGAAUCAUGUAGUUACUGAUAUUUCAUAUGGCAUCAAGGAUGCUGGAUUAAAUACUAACCAGUGUAACAAAGUCAAAGUUUCCACAUCAAAUGGCAAUGAUUUUUUAGGUGAUGCUGUCUUGAUUACAGUACCUCUUGGGUGCUUAAAAGCAGAAACCAUAAAGUUUUCGCCACCAUUGCCCCAUUGGAAACAUUCUUCCAUCCAGCAGCUUGGGUUUGGAGUUCUUAAUAAAGUAGUUUUGGAAUUUCCGGAUGUCUUUUGGGAUGACUCCGUUGAUUACUUUGGAGCUACUGCUGAGGAAACAGACCUGAGGGGACAGUGCUUUAUGUUCUGGAAUAUCAGGAAAACUGUUGGGGCUCCUGUUCUCAUAGCUUUAUUGGUUGGUAAGGCAGCUAUUGAUGGCCAAAAUAUGAGCUCUUCUGAUCAUGUUAACCAUGCAUUAGUGGUUCUUCGCAAAUUGUUUGGAGAAGCUUCAGUACCUGACCCUGUUGCAUCAGUUGUAACAGAUUGGGGUAGGGAUCCCUUCAGCUAUGGUGCCUACUCAUAUGUUGCUGUUGGAGCUUCUGGAGAAGACUAUGAUAUAUUAGGGAAGCCUGUUGAGAACUGCUUAUUUUUUGCUGGUGAAGCUACCUGCAAGGAGCAUCCUGACACUGUUGGUGGUGCAAUGAUGAGUGGACUUCGGGAGGCAGUGCGCAUAAUUGACAUACUGACUACUGGAAAUGAUCACACAGCAGAAGUAGAGGCAAUUGAGGCUAUACAGAGACAGUCAGACUCUGAAAGGGAUGAAGUUAGGGACAUAACAAGGAGACUAGAUGCAGUUGAACUUUCCAAUGUCCUUUACAAGAACAGGGAAGCCCUACUCCAGGACAUGUUCUUUAACUCAAAAACCACUAAAGGAAGGUUGCAUCUGGUCAAAGAGUUGUUGAGUCUUCCUGUUGAAACCUUGAAGUCCGUUGCUGGAACCAAAGAAGGGCUGACUACACUCAACUCGUGGAUACUGGACUCGAUGGGGAAGGCCGGAACUCAACUAUUGCGGCAUUGUGUUAGGCUCCUUGUGCUUGUUUCAACAGACCUACUGGCUGUGCGCUUGUCUGGCAUAGGUAAAACUGUAAAAGAAAAAGUUUGUGUACAUACUAGCCGUGAUAUACGUGCGAUAGCAAGUCAGCUGGUCAGUGUGUGGCUUGAAGUUUUUCGCAAGGAAAAAGCUUCUAAUGGUGGAUUGAAAUUGUCAAGGCAAGCAGCUGCAGUAGAUUCAUUUAAGAGAAAACCAAUCAGAGAUCCAUCUUCUGGAAAGCCACCUCUACAUACGUUUCAUGGUGCUCUGGAGCACAAAGGAAGCUUGCAGGAUUCAGCAUCCACUGCAAACCAUUUGCCUUUGAACGCUGUUAAGAAAGUGAAUGGCAAAGCCAUUAAAAUUGAAGCAGUAAAUUCCUCAAAAUUGGAAAUCAAUUCAUCAAGGUCUCGAGGUUCAACGGGCAGACCAGAUACUAAGCUAGAGGUGAACAACUUUGUUAUGACAGAAGCAGAACGAGCUGCCAUUGCUGCCGCUGAAGCAGCCCGUGCAGCAGCACUUGCAGCUGCCGAGGCAUAUGCAUCUUCAGAAGCCAAGAGCAGUACGUUGCUUCAUCUUCCUAAGAUCCCCUCAUUUCAUAAGUUUGCUCGAAGAGAUCAGUACCCUCAAAUAGAUGAGUAUGAUUUUAGGAGGAAGUGGUCUGGCGGUGAUUUGGGUAGACAAGACUGUAUAUCAGAAAUAGACUCAAGGAACUGCAAAGUUAGGAACUGGUCUGUUGAUUUCUCCGCUGCUUGUGUCAAUCUUGAUAGUUCAAGAAUGUCAGUCGAUAACCUCUCCCAGCGGAGCCAUCCAAAUGAGACUGCUAGUCAAUUGAAUUUCAGAGAGCACUCAGGGGAGAGCGCUGCUGUCGACAGCAGUAUUUAUACAAAAGCAUGGGUUGAUACAGCUGGUAGUGUCGGGAUAAAGGACUAUCAUGCCAUUGAGAUGUGGCAAUCUCAAGCAGCUGCAGCGGACCCUGAUUUCUUCCAUCCAGCACCGUAUAUAAAUGACGAGGAAGAUUCAAAUACGACUUCAAAAAAACUCAGCUGGAAGCAUGAAGGGAUAGUAAAUGAGAGCUCUGUUUCGCAAGUUACUGUAAACAAGGAGUCAUUAAAAAAUCAUCAUCGGGGAGCAGACCAUAUCAAACAGGCCGUUGUUGAUUAUGUUGCAUCAUUGCUUAUGCCCCUUUAUAAAGCUAAAAAGAUAGAUAGAGAUGGAUACAAGUCAAUCAUGAAGAAAAGUGCUACCAAGGUCAUGGAGCAGGCCACAGACGCAGAGAAAGCCAUGGCUGUUUCUGGGUUUCUUGAUUUCAAGCGCAGAAACAAGAUUCGUGCAUUUGUGGACAAAUUGAUCGAGAGGCACAUGGCAGUGAAGCCCACUGUGAAAUCUUGAUUGUCCUUUGGGAUGAUUGACCUGUGUUUUUGCAUGGACUUCUGUACAACACAUGCAGAAGUCUUUCUGUUGUUCCUGGAUGAAUUCACAGCAUAAGCAGGCAGUGGUGGGGCACAGAUGGUAUCGAAUCGGUUUGUUAUUCAAACUGCCAAUAAGCUUUUUAAUGAUUUUCAAGGUGCAAUGGAAGAACGGGCAUGGUUUGUUGCCUUUCAAAUCAAAUUUGGUGGAUUCUUGAAAUUCACUUAUAAUUGGCCAGUGCAACAGGGGUAACCAUUUUUUGGUGCAAAUGGGAGUAUAGCUCGAAGCAAGUUGCUUUGUACAUUUCAUUUUCGGGCAUCAAUGUGGUAUGGAGAUGAUAGCAGAUUGCUCUCAGAAAUUGGCUUGUCAUACAUCGAGGAUGUAUUUAUAGGGCUGGAAAUUUAAGACCUAAGACCCUAUUUUUCAUUCAGCGAUCCUCAACGAGGAGACUAAUUAUUCCUGACUUUUUUUUUAAUCAAUUUUUCCAAUGUGUACAGUGUAGGAUUGUGUUAGUGCAACAAGAAUACAGAACAUUUUUCCAUGGUAGCCAAAGUACUUUGAUAUGUUAUGAUUACUCUUUCACCUAACAGAAAUCACUAACUUCACUUUUUUUCUCCAUUAAAUCGAGCAAAGGAGUUGCAUGUUGCAUUUUAGCAGCCUUUCUGGGCUGAAAUCUCUGCUUUAUGAACUUUGUCUUCUCUGAGUGUAUAAUUCAACCUGGCUGGGGAGGCUUGUCUGUGCAUAAUGCAUGCUCUAUUAAUUCAACUUGUCUUUUCCAACUUCCAAAGUAGUGAUUAAUUUGAAAGCAUACAUAUGAUUGGGGUAUUACAUGGACAUCCAGAAAAUAAGUGGAGGUAUUUUGUGAUAGAUGUUCUGUUAUCAUCUAAGAAUAUGCAUGUAUACAGAGGCUGUAGUCAGUUUUAGCUUCAAUUAUGUUUGGGAUUUGCACAAUGGAAUGCCAGGUUUCAUCUGUCAUAUAUUGCAUGAACAUCUCACAAUCAGAAGGUAGUUGAGCAUCUCUACACUUUUAUCGAUUUUGUUAUUUGAAGUCUCUCUGAUUACACCUCUUUUUGGUUGUUGCUAGGCUGGGAAAAAUAUUUUUGGUUCUUCAGAGGAAGACAGAGGUAUGCCCUCUAUAUCUCCUUAUAUGUUGAUGCUAAUAUAUUUUGGUGUAAAACUACAUGUUUGACAUUUCUCUAAUCAAUCCAGUCCCUGAUUUAUGUCUAA